AUGAAUGCAGUUGUGAGCGGAACGAGGAGGGUCGUCUUUUUUCCAGGUCGGAGACACUUUUCAUCAAAGAAGGACUACGACGUUAUUGUGAUAGGCGGUGGCCCAGGAGGCUACGUGUGCAGCAUCCGAUGCGCGCAGAAUAAGCUCAGUGUUCUCAACGUGAACGAAGAUAAGAAACUGGGAGGUACGUGCCUAAACCGAGGAUGCAUACCUUCGAAGUCGCUCCUACACAUUGCACACAACUAUUACGAGGCAAAAAACAAGUUCAAGCAAAUGGGUAUCCUGGUAGACAACGUAAACCUAGACGUGGAGACCAUACAUAAGCACAAAAACAAAUGCAUGGGAAAUCUCGCCGACGGAAUAACAUACCUCUAUAAGAAGAACAAAGUAAACCACAUGAUAGGACAUGGAAGUAUCGUAGAUGCAAACUCCGUCUUGGUAAACAGUGAAGGGAAGGAAAAACUAGUAACGGCGGAACGGAUUGUUAUCGCUACAGGAUCGAAGCCGAUAGAAAUUCCACUAAAAAAACUGAACGAUAAUAAUGCGAAGGAAGCUGAGACAGUUGAGGACCUUCUACAUUAUGAUCACCAAGUGAUACAGACAUCAGAUGAUAUACUGAGCUUUAAAAAAAUUCCGAAGAAAAUUUCUAUCAUUGGUGGUGGUGUGAUAGGAUUAGAAAUAGGUUCUGUUUUUGCAAAAAUGGGUUCAGAAGUCACCAUAUUUGAGUACAACAACAGGUUGUGCUCUUUUCUAGAUGCAGAUGUAAGUAAAGUGCUCCAAAAAACGCUCGAAAAAAUAAAAAUCAAGUUUGCCUUUAAUACAUCCGUAAUAGGAGGCAACGUCGAAAAUGAGGAAGCCACUUUAUUUGCCCAAAAUACAAAAACAAAGGAAAUACAAAAGGUACAAUCGGAUGUGGUUCUUGUCUGUGUUGGUAGGAGACCCAACUUUGAUAACCUUAACUUGGACAAAGUUAAUAUCCAAUUGGGAAAAAAUAAAAAAAUUCAGGUGGAUGAAUCCUUCGGUGUUAUAUCACAUCCAACCAUAAAAGCUAUCGGGGACGCCAUCGAUGGACCUAUGCUUGCACACAAGGCAGAAGAAGAAGGAUACAUCCUAGCGAACAUCCUAUUGAGCGAAUUGAAGUUAAAUAAGCCAAAAAAAUCACACAUAAAUUACGACCUCGUACCAAGUGUUAUAUAUACCCACCCGGAAGUAGCCAGCGUAGGUCUAAAUGAAGAAAGGUGUAAACAAAUGAAUCUGUCAUUCAAGGCAGUUACCUUUCCCUUUGCUGCUAAUAGCAGGUCUCGAACAAUAGAUGACUUCGAUGGGCUGAUUAAGCUCCUCGUUGAAAAUGAAUCCAACAAAAUCCUCGGUUCCCAAAUUGUUGGAAACAAUGCCAGCGAUUUGAUUCUUCCUCUGUCCAUUUAUGUUGGCAGUGGAGGAUCGGCCAAAAGUCUGAGUAAGAUUAUUUAUGCUCACCCCACCUUUUCCGAGGUUAUCAAGGAGGUCGCCCUACAGUCCUUCGACAAAGCCAUCCAUAUGUAG